UAAUUGAGAGAGAGAAAAAUGAGUGCGUUUUCUUAUUUUCUAAAAAACCUUUAAUACAAAAAGUCAACUCUCUCUCUCUUUCUCUCUCUAUCAUCAUCAUCAUCAACUUCUCUUAUCAACUUCAACUUGUCUUUCUUUCUUCACCAUCCACUUCUCAAUCUCUCUCUCUCUUAGUUCCUUCCUAGUUCCCACUAAUUUUUCAACCCAAAACCCAACAUGAAAAACGAGUUGUAACAUAACACAAAAUACCAACCUUAUAACUUCACUACCACUUUGUAUUUUUUUUUAUUCUUUUGUUUUUUCAUUUAUUCUGUUUUUAUUUUUCUUUGCUAUGGGUAACGGAAUAGGAAAAUUAACGGUGUGUUUCACCGGUAACAACGGUGGUAAGAGGAAACACGAUAUAUCAAUUUUAAUAACGGAUCCUUUAGAUGAAGGUCUUGGUCACAGUUUCUGUUAUGUUAGACCCGACCCGACCCGUUUAUCUAGUUCGAAAGUUCAUUCUGAAGAAACAACAACUUUCAGAACUAUUUCUGGUGCUUCUGUUAGCGCUAACACGUCGACGCCGUUAUCAACGGCGUUUAUGGAUUUAUACUCUUACGGUUGUUUUGAUAGAGCUGCUGCGUUUGAAAGUUCAACUUCUUUUGCUUCUCUUCCUUUACAACCGAUUCCGAAGAAUCUGAUAAGUUCCGGUUCGGGUCCUUUUUCUGGUAAUUUCGGUGUUGGUGGUGGUUUUCCGAGUUCCGGUCCACUUGAGCGUGGUUUUAUGUCCGGUCCGAUUGAGCGUGGGUUCAUGUCCGGUCCGAUUGAAAAAGAAAACACCGAUCAGUUUCAGAGAAGCUUUUCUCAUAGUGGAUUAGGGUUUUCCGUUCGACCUAGAACGAGAAAAGAGAAAUGGAUUCGUGUUCUUCAGAGAGCGAUUUCGAAGACUCUGUCACGUGGAGGACAGAACUCUAUCGUUACUCCGAUCAAAGGUGUCGCCGUUAAGGAACCGCCGGAGUGGAUUCUUGCAGGUGAGAAGCAUCAUAACGAGAAUUUGACUGUGAGUAGUUUGAAUUUGAGUAGUGAAGGUAGUUUGGAAGAUGAUGAUUCGUUGGGUAGUCAGAAUCUUCAAUGGGCUCAGGGAAAAGCAGGGGAAGAUCGUGUUCAUGUUGUUGUUUCUGAAGAACAUGGUUGGGUUUUUGUUGGAAUUUACGAUGGAUUUAACGGUCCUGAUGCGCCGGAUUAUUUACUUUCGAAUCUUUAUACUUUUGUUCAUAAGGAACUUAAAGGGUUGCUUUGGGAUGACGGUGGUUCACCGGAUAAUUUGAAUUUUAAACCGCGUGAUUCGGUUGAUGAUGAUGUUGUUGGGAAUGAAGAUAAGGUGUUUGAUGAUUGUUCUCAAUGUGUUGAUCAAGAGAAAAUGGAUUCGGUUACGAAGAGAAAAAAGAGAGGUAAGAACUCGAAGAAUAAGUACAAAGAUGCAGCGAAGAAACACGAAGAGAAUCAUAGGAGAUGGAAGUGUGAAUGGGAUAGAGAGAGAUUAGAGCUUGAUAGAAGAUUGAAGGAACAACUGAGUGGUGGUGACGGUGACGAUAAUUCUGUUAAUCAUUCAGAUGUUUUGGAAGCUUUAUCUCGAGCUUUGAGGAAAACUGAGGAGUCUUAUCUUGAUGUUGCUGAUAAGAUGGUGACGGAGAAUCCGGAACUUGCUUUGAUGGGUUCAUGUGUUCUGGUAAUGUUGAUGAAAGGGGAAGAUGUUUAUGUGAUGAAUGUGGGAGAUAGUAGAGCUGUGUUGGCACAAAAAGCUGAACCUGAUUAUUGGAUUGGGAAAAUUAGACAGGAUUUGGAGAGGAUUAAUGAAGAGACAAUGCAUGAUCUUGAAUCAUGGGAUGAUGCUGAUAAAUCAAAUGUUGUUCCUAGUUUAAGUGCUUUUCAGCUUACCAAGGAUCAUAGUACCAAUGUUGAAGAGGAAGUAAUCAGGAUAAUAAAAGAGCACCCGGAUGAUCCUUGUGCCGUGGUCAACGAUCGUGUGAAGGGAUCUCUCAAGGUUACUCGAGCAUUCGGUGCAGGAUUUCUCAAACAGCCCAAAUGGAACAAUGCACUUCUGGAGAUGUUUAGAAUAGACUACGUAGGAAAUUCCCCAUACAUCACUUGCCAACCAUACCUUAAACACCACAGAUUAGGCCAAAAAGACAAAUUUUUGAUUCUAUGCUCCGACGGACUCUAUCAAUACUUAUCAAACGAAGAAGCAGUAGCUGAAGUUGAGCUUUUCAUCACAUUGCAACCUGAAGGAGACCCUGCUCAACAUUUGGUUGAAGAAGUCUUGUUUCGUGCUGCGAAGAAAGCUGGUUUGGAUUUCCACGAAUUGCUCGAAAUUCCACAAGGCGAUAGGCGGCGUUACCACGACGAUGUUUCCAUCAUUGUUAUUUCUUUGGAAGGAAGGAUAUGGAGAUCAUGUGUAUAACAAGUAUAAUGAAAAAAACCAACCAUAUAUCAUAUCAUCCUCAUAAUAUAUAUAUA